UGAUAAGACACCUGGCGCAUCCGGCACAAUGUAUCAGCCGCUGGAAGGGAAGGUCGCUCCUCUGAAGGAGUACGUCCACAUCACUGUGGUCGUGUUGUCCUAUUGGGUGAUUUCGAUGGUGACGGUGUUUAUCAACAAAUCCCUGCUGAGCAGUGACUUCUUCAGCCUGGACGCACCGCUCUUUAUCACGUGGUCGCAGUGCGUUGUCUCGGCCGGCAUCUGUUUCAGCCUCAGCCGGCUGUCGAAGGUAUUCCCCAAGGGCGUCCACUUCCCGGAGGGAAAUCCCCUCGACUGGACCACAGUGAAGAGCGUCCUGCCGCUGUCGCUGCUCUUCACGCUCAUGAUCUCCACGAACAACCUGUGCCUGAAGUACGUGGGAGUGGCUUUCUACUACGUGGGCAGAUCCCUGACCACCGUCUUCAACGUGGUGUUCAGCUUCGUGCUGCUGCAGCAGAAAACGAGCGGUCGCUGCAUCCUCUGCUGCGUGGUGAUAAUUGCCGGUUUCUGGCUGGGCGUGGAUCAGGAGAGUCUCACAGACUCCUUCUCCCUAAUCGGCACGAUCUACGGCGUCGUGGGCUCCCUGGCGCUCUCGCUGUACUCCAUCUACACGAAGAAGACGCUGGUAUUCGUGAACCAGGAAGUAUGGCUGCUCAGCUACUACAACAACGUCUACUCGACCGUCAUCUUCCUGCCGCUCAUCCUCGUCGCCGGCGAGAUUCCCACCGUGAUGUCGUACAAAUACCUCGGGGAGUUGUGGUUCUGGCUGGCGCUGGGCGUCAGUGGCGUCUGUGGCUUCGCCAUCGGCUACGUCACCGCGCUGCAGAUCAAGGUGACGUCUCCGCUCACGCACAACAUCUCCGGCACCGCCAAAGCGUGCGUGCAGACUGUGAUCGCCACGGAGAUCUACAGCGAAACAAAGUCCUUCUCCUGGUGGCUCUCGAACAUUGUCGUCCUGAAGGCGAGCGCUCUGUACGCGUGGUUCAAGCAGCGCGAGAUGCAGGUCAAAUUCCAAGAGGCAGAGGCUGCCCAGAAAGUGUGACGCAGGUGAUCUUCACCACGAGAUACCAUGUAAGCUCUAACCGAUUAAACUAUAGGC